AUGCGCUUGGCAGUUACGCGCCCGAUGCUAAGUCUAGGGAGUCAGUUCGUUUGCGCUGCUUGUCGACGAGCUGGAUACGAUGUGCUGCGUCAACCGGGCUUCCGGCCUCUGCAUGCAUCACCAAUCUUCCAACGGCCCCGCCGCCGGGGAUUCUUUUCCUCCAACCCGUCAUUAAUAAGCCAAUCGACACAGAAAACACAGGUGCAGAAAGAUGGCGACUUAGAGGAUUCUGUCGUCGAACCGGCAACCGCUUCUCCCGCUCAGAAGCGGAAAACUGCACGUUCCCCUGGCACGAAAACGUCGCUGCGAAGAGUUGGAUUGGAGGCUCAGAUAUCAAAGGCUGGCCUCGCGAAGCCAAGCGCGAGAUCACAUGAAGAGGUAGAACAACCACCGAAGUUGGUGACAGCGUACGCUGUUGCAGAACAAUUCGACCUGACCAAGGUUGUCGAGAUCCUUCGCAAUAAAGGCUACGAGCCCGAUCCGCUGGGUACUGGACUAUUCCCGCAAGUCAUCCAUGUCCAAGUCCCCAUCUCAUCAAUAUACCGCUCCACCAAUCCCUCUGCGAGAGAUCUUUCAUCGACAGAAGUCGGCGAUGUAUUUGUCUUCCCAUCCGGCACAGUGGUAACAUGGGCUCUACCCGACGGAUUUACCUCAUACUUUGCAACCCGCACUCUCCUCCCUGCAGCAGAUAACCCCCAUAGAGAGCCCAUCGAGACCGAGGACCUGGAUUACAUUGAAGAUCCAAGCCGUGAACACAGCCUAAUUCGCGGCGACACAAUCAUCCUGGGAACAAAGAAGUCGGAGCACCAAGAAAUCAGCCCAUCCGCAGAUCAGCAACAGGCACAGUCACAUUUCCAAACCGUUGACACAGUGCUCACCAAAAUUGCCUUCUCCUCCGGGUUCGCCCGCUCUACCAAACUUGCCGUUCUUGAGACAAACCUUUCCACUUAUCUAGCCUCCACAGCAGAUAUCCCAGCUCUCUUAGCAAAAGGUUCUCGACUCCCAUUCAAACUCUCCCGCGACUUCAUCUCCCGCAAAACAGGUCAGCUCCUUCUCCUCCGCGCGCAAUUAAACCUCUACUCUGAACUCACGGACUCUCUCCCUGAUCUUUUUUGGGACUCCCGGCACGAACUCAACCUAGAGAACUAUUACGACCAAGUUGGCCGAGCGUUGGACGUCGGAAUUAGGAUCAAAGUGUUGAAUGAAAAGAUGGACUAUGCUGCGGAGAUUGCGACUGUGCUGAGAGAAAGAUUGAGUGAGAAGCACGGGUUGUUUUUGGAGUGGACCAUCAUCGUCCUGAUCGCGAUAGAGGUUGGGUUUGAAGUCUUGAGACUAUGGAAGGAAGGCUUUUGGGAGGAAGUGGUCGAGCUGAGAAAAAGGCGUAAGACUGCGUAG